ACCAAACUUAAGAUUCAAAUUUCACUAGAAGAAGCAUCCAAGCCACCUUCUUCUUCUUCUAACUCCUCUGUUCUUUUUAGACCCUUUUCACUCUCUCUUAUACUCAUCUCCUCUCUUUGUCUUUUCCUGAUCUGCAACAUCUAUAAUAUUUGUUUUUUCAUUAUAAUCUCACUGUCAUUUCCUGUUAUUAUUAUUAUUAUUAUUAUUAUCUUUACUCAAAUGGCCGGUUUUGAUUUUCUCUGAUCACCUUGAGAUCUUCAAACUCUCAGAACUUACCUCUCUCUUUCUUUAUUCCUCAAUAUAUAAACCCCUUAAUCUUUUGUAUUUUUCUGUAUACAUUUUCUUAUAAUUAUAUAGCUUUCUUCUUCAGCUCUGUCUCUGUCACUUUCUAUCUGAUGAUCAGAAGUUGAAUUUUUUUUAUAUGGGAAGUUCUGACUCUUCAGAAUCUCAGUUUUCCUUCCCAUAGCGAGCUAGGCCGCUUAUUCCAAUUAUUAUUUUUCUUAAUCUUACUAUAAUGGCUGAUCAAGCUUUGGUUUCUUCAAAUGAUCAUCACCAUCUUCAAAAGGCGGUGGUCAGGAAAUCAUCCAUCAUGAUCGAACGUAAGCCGUUGAUGCUCAAGGACUAUCUUCUCGACGAUCUAAGUUCAUGCUCAUCCAACGGCUUCAAAUCUUUACCAAGGCGUCAGUGCUGCUCAACCGUCAGAUUUCUCCUCGAGAUCGAUCUUAAACAGAAUCACCAACACCGUCGCCCACAUAUUCGUAAAGAUAAACCAAAUUUCGUUAAGGCGAAGCGACUUUUCCGAAGUAGCAGAAGCGGUCGCUUCACCAUCUCAGUCCUGCAAAGAGCUUCGGACGCCGUUAUUAACGCCGUCAAACAGUUGCCGUUCCCUUCCGUCGUGACGUCCGUACAGAACAGAGCCAGAAAAGGACUCCUUCCCAGAAGCCUUUCGAGAAAGCUAUUAAAUAAUCGCUUUUGGGGUAGAGCCACAGAUAAAGAUAAUGCUAGUAAUGACAAAGUUGAAGAUCAUCACCAUGAAGAGAUCAUCAGAGACAAUAUCAACCGGUGGAGAUUGUAUCCUCAGCUCCCAGACAAUGAUCACCACAAGCCUUCGAAUCAAAAUACUACCACGAAAACCAUUGUUUCAAGUAGCUCAAGCGGUAAUAGUAAGAGUAACAGUUGGUGCGAGAGUGAGUUUACUACUACUACUACUACUUCGUCUAGCAGACAAUCCGAGACGACUCCAACAAUUACAUCAGCUCAUGAAAACGACGUCGUUGGCUUAGCUGGUAGUGAAAACGACGUGUCGCAAAAGGUCAAAAAGAAAGUGGAUCAUAUAACUGUCGGUGAGGAGGGUACGACGGAGUUAGGACCAACAACAGCUACCUGCUCUCAUCAACACGCAAAGGAGUGGCCAAACGAAGAAGAAAAGGAACAAUUCAGUCCCGUCUCCGUGUUGGAUUGUCCAUUCGAAGACGAUGAUCAAGAUGAAACUAACUCUCCUUUCAAUAGCAGACUCGCUCGCUUGGAAGGAACGAAGCAGAAGCUUCUGCAAAAGAUUCGAAGGUUCGAGAACCUCACUCAACUGGAACCAGUAGAUCUGGAGAAGAGAAUAAUCGCAAUGUCAGAUAUCAAAAACGAUAACGAUCGAUAUCAGAUUAAAACAUCAAGCGAUGAUGAAAUCGAAGAUCAAAAAGCGCGGGAACUGGUUACGAAAGUCACCAAAAACAUCAAUACUGCGGCAUCGUCGAGUGCGACCAACAAAUUGUUGUUCGAUUUCUUCAGAGAGCGAGUGGCAGAGGAGAGAGGAUCGAGAAAGGGCUUCGCGGAGGCGGUGAAAUCGGCGGAGGAUUGGACGGUGGGAGCUCCUACGAGAGAAGUUUUGCUGAGAUGGGAAGUGAAUGAGGGAAGAAAAGCUUACAUCAAGGAAAUGGAAAAAGGUGGAAGAUGGAGAAAUUUGGAUGAGGAAAAGGGGGAGAUUGAUUUGGAGUUGGAAGCUCUGGUUUGGGAUUCUUUAAUUGAAGAAAUCUUACUUGAUCUGUUGUGAGUUAUAGAAAGAUUUCCCUGUUUUUAAUUUGGCGCCUUUUUUUUCAAGGGUUUUGUUGCAAAUAUUGAAACAACUCAGGGUUGUUUUCGUCAUUCUGAUGCAGGCAUUACGACUCGGCGGCUAGUCAUUCGGCUUGAAUGACUAUCUAUAGCCAUCUUGAGAGUAUCUCCUAGAUUAAUUAUUAUUAUUACAUUAAAUCAAUAUUCGUCUUAUUUUAUUUUCUUUUA